UAUUUUGAGAAUUCAUAUUCAUAUGAUAAACACAAAAUUUCUAAUAUGCAGUUUUUUAAUGCAAAUGUCAAAAUUUAAAUAUUAAGGUUUCAAUAUUUUUUCAAUACAAAUUUAGAAAUUAUCAUAUUUAAGUAUUAUUCUAUGUUAUAUAGUUUAAUUUUAUACUAUACUAUUAUAUAAUAUGAAUGUCUAGUAAAUAAGACUUCAUAUUCAUAUGAUUUAUGAUCGUUUGUAUUUUGUUAUUACUAAAAAAAGUUGAACUGUUGAUCACAAAAUUUUAGUGUGAGAUAUUUAACCUUUUAAAAAAUUUUAGUCGUUUUAAAAAUUCAAAAUAUAACAUAUAAAAAAAUUAUUUUUUUAUUAUAUGGUUAAUGUAGUUGUUUAAUAUAUGUUAAUAAUAUAAAAUUAAACAAAAAAGAACUAAGAUACAAAAAUUGUUAUCAAAUAUUUAUUAUUCAUAAUCAUUAAUAAUCAUAUAUACGUUAAUCAUAUUAGGCAAUUCCGUAGAUUUUAUGUAAGAAAAGUGCGAAAAUAUUAUUUUGUACACUAGUUAUCAAUUUAAUACUUAAUUUAAUAAAAAUAUAAUAUAAGUUUAGAUUGACCAACAUAUUUCUCUAAAAAUUCUGAAUUUCAUUGUCAUGGUGACACGUGACUACAGAAUAAUGUUGUAAUGUUUCUCAAUUAAUAUAUAAGGGAUAACUAAUAUAUUAUUAUAUAACAAAUUAAUUACUUAAUUUUUGUAAACUGUGGUCGAUCCAAUAACCCGUUGAUUCGGAAAGUUGUCCGGUUCAAUGUUUGGAUGGGGUUUAAAAAUAUUUGUUUUCAGCAAAAACUAGAAAUUGUGUUUUUCUGUCAAAACCGCAAAAUAGCAUUUUCAUGUUAAACCAGAAAAUCGUGUUUUUCUACUAAAACUAUAAAAUUAUUUUUUCUCGCUAAAAUCGUAAAAGCGCAUUUUUGCCAAAAUCGUAAAAGCGCAUUUUUGCCAAAACCAAAAAAUCACAUUUUUCCCAUCGAAACCGUAAAAUCGGUUUUCUCGCUGAAAACAGGAAGAAACAUGUUUUCCACUGAAACCGCAAAAUCAAAUUUUUUUUUGCCAAAACCACAAUUGCAAAAUAAUACUCACUCUGUUUCUUAAAGAGUGUUACUUUUGAGUUUUUUUUGUUACAUAAAAAGUAUCGUUUUAGAUUUUUAAUACAAUUUUUGUUUACUUUCAGCUGAAUAUUAAUUGUAAAAUUUAUUGAUCUAGUAAAUAAAUUUAAUUAUCUCAAAUGUUAUUGGUCAAUUAGAUGUAAUUAAUAAAAACAUAAAUAUAUUUCAAUAAUUUUUUAUUAUGUGUAAAAAGUGUUUAAGUGACACUUAUAAUGAAACGGAGAGAGUAAAGUUUAAGUCUAUGUUAUAUAUGAAAUUUUUCUUUAGCCGUUGACAAAAUAAAAAGAAUUAUUCUUCAACUUGCAGAAGCAGAAUCAUCGCUGAUUAUUUGCUGAAUUCUGCUAUAUAUAUAAAGAAGAUGCAUUUAGUUGACAAAAAAAAGAUGCAUUUAUGCUUAUAAAACGUUAGAUGAAAGAAUGAAUUUUAUUAAAACACAUUAUUUUGAAGAAGUAAUUAUACUGAAUCAACGUUAAUUGGCCAAAAACAAAUGUGAAUCUACAAUACUAAAAGUAACAUAUAGAGAGCAGAUAAGCUGUCCACGUCGGAUUUUUUAUUCUGACCAAUCAGUGACAGGUUUUGUGACAUAUUGUGGGACCCACCCGGGUUUAAUUUAUUUAUUUAUUUUUAUUAACCAACUCUCUUUUCUCACGACCGUCAGUAUCCUUUUCACAUCUUUCUCUUUUCCCCAACAUUCACGCUGUCUUCCUCUCCCGGUGGUCCCAGCGGCGGCGGCGCCCAUGGGGUUCGAAGAACACGAGGCAGUUCUCUCCGGUUUCUUAGAUUGAUUAGGAGCAGUGAUGUAGUGGAUCUGGGUUCAUGGGUUUCGACCUCGGUUCUGGAUCCGGCCCGGUUUAUCCAACCGACGUUCUGUCUCACGAUGAUAGAUGGUUAUUCUUUUCCUGUCAUUAAACCCAACAUGAAGAUGACGACAUCUCAAAGAUGCAUCAUGAAUUUGAGCGGACAAAACAGAUGCCUAAGAUGAAUCCUCAAGGUUUGCCAUUGAGUACUUUAACAAAAAAAAAAUUGGGGUUUGCCAUACUUUUAGGGAUAUAUGUUAAUUAGAAUCUCAGAUUGGAUACAUAUAAGUUUACUGAUAUGACUGUGAUUACCCAGCACAUUGAUCCUCUUACUUGCAUAGUUGCACAGUUUAAUUCCAAGAAGCACAUGGUUAAUGAGGUUAUCUAUAUGACCUUUUGCUUUGCUUUCAUGUUUUUACAGACUUGAGUAUUUCUUGAGAAGUAUAUGAGCUCCAGUCUUGCAGUCUUGUUAUAGUUUCUGUGCAGAAAACUAUUUUGGUUGUCGUAAGGUAUUGCUAAUCAAGAAAAUUUAUUUCUGAAUUGCUGCUUUGUGAUAAUGAUCUCUCACCAUUUAUAUGAUUGUGCAGCUUAUUAGUACGGAGAAAAAAAAUGUGUACAUGUGUCGUGAUCAAAUGAGAGGUCAUGUGUGAUUAAUGGACUUCUUAUGUUUGAGCAAGGUCAGUUUACAUACCUUUUAAGCGAUUUGGUCUGAGUAAAAUUAGAGGCAUAGAUGAAUUUUAAUCCUAAAAUUCAGAAAAACAUCCAUCCACCACAUAUCUAUGUACUUGCAAGCCAAAUUCCCCUGGAAAAUUAGAAUGAUUCUUAAAGUUUGUCGGCGGUAAUCAUGAAUUUAGGUUCAUCUCUUAAAAUGGGUUUCUAUUUUCUAGCCUAUACAUAUUUUUUUCAAAAGAGAGUAUGUCCACGUCAGAUUAGUAUAAAGCUUAUUGAAAAAAUCCUUCCAAAUUAGCUUUACCAUUAUUCUGUCUGUCUUUUUCUUAAAUUUCAUUAAUGAACUUUCUGAUUUAUGGGUCUUGAUCAUUUGUGUAUGAAAAUUACUCGUGUGUAAUCCAUAUAUAUAUUCUUUUAGGAUUCCCUGCUUAAAGUUUUUGAAGUAUAUGUUUCACAGAAGAAAUCAACUGUCUUUUUCAGUGACAAUGUGAAAGUGGAAUGCUUCUCCGUCACCUAUUUCUUCUCUGAAAAACACAUCCCCUAGCUCUGCCUUCACGCAAACUUUGUCGUCUCUCGCCGUCCACAAUGCUUUCUUUCUCCUCAGUUUCUCUCAUUUUGAGGUUCAUAUGAUCACCUAGGUAUUAACUUAUACGUAUUUGAUUGAUUAAGAUAAUUAUUCAAGUAUUUUUUUUGCCCAUUGUUUAUAAUCCUUAACAACCAGCAUCUAUAUUGGUCAGUUCAGGUUAAGAUAGCUACGUUUUACUGUUUAGGAUAAGGUUGGAUGAUCUUUCUGAAGAUACUAAUGUCUAUCAUCGGAUCUAAAACUCAAAGAAACUCAACAUCUUUCUUGAAGCUCUUAACAGGGAAUCCUCUUUUCCCCGGGAAAAAUAUAGUCCAUCAAUUGGAUAUGAUGAAUGAUCUGUUGGGAACUCCAUUUGUGAAACUAUUGGAAGGGUCAGUGUCCCUUACCUGUCUCCACAAUGCUUACAACAACUGCAUUGUUACUUUUCUUGGCUGAACUGCUUUCACUGAAUGUGACAGGUGAGGAACGAGAAAGCUGGAAGAUACUUGAGGAGCAUGAGGUUGAAGAAGUCUAUUCGUUUUUCACAUAGGCUUCCACAUGACGAUCUCGAUCUUCGUAUUCUACAAAAGUUGUUGUCUUUUGAGCUCAAUGAACGGCCUACAGUUGAAGAGGUGCUUCACAAAAUUCUUUUACUACAUUCCUUAUGAUCUAUUUGGUUGUAUUCAACUAAAAUUAUUGUUUAGGGGUUAGUCCUGACACUUGUGGAGUACUUCAAGGGUGUAGCUAAGAAAGAGACUAUAUAUGAGAUCUCAAAGAGAGCCCUCUGUUCAAACUGUCACCAAGCUGGAAUUCGAGUUUGAUAGGCUGAAAAUCACAAAAGAGGCCAUGCCAGAGCUCAUAUAUAGUCUCUUGAGUACCACCCAAAGAUGCUAAAAGAAUACUUGGAUUAGUGGAAUAGAAGAUUUUGCUUCAUAUUAAAUUUUUUUUUGUCAAAAUUAAUAUUAAUAUUAAGUUUUUGCAGAAGAGAAAAACAAACGUACUACAGUGUUUCUAUUACCGGCACUACCCAACAAAAAAAAUGCUCGAGUUGGUGGUCGGAAGAUGAAAGAUUUAGGUUUAUGAAGAAUAUGCUUUUUAAUGAAGAAUAUGUUUUCUGUUGCAACAUUUAGUUUACACUAAAAUAAACAAUAGCUUAUAAAAAUAACUAAAUACAUAAUUUUGUUUUUGGUAGUAGGCAAGUAGCUAGAAAGGAAGUCAGAGAAAUGGGAGUCUGAGUUCCUGGCAAUAGGUUGUUGUGGUUAGAAGACCAUACUCAAUCAAAACUUUACAUGAUUUUGAAAUAAAUCAUUUCACUAAUUUUCUCAAAACAAUAAUGUUAUCUCUUGGCAGCUCCAUAUGAUUUCAGCCAUUAACUUUGAUCUCUUCAGUGUUCUGAGACAAUAUUACGAACACAAAAAAAAAACAAAUUAACGAAUAUAUGAAAUCCGUGUUCUUGAGAUAAUAUUAGGAACACAAAAACAAAUUAAUGAAUAUAAGAAACCCAUUGAAUAUUAAAUCUAAAAUCAAUUCAAUCAUAACCUGAAAAUUAAAUUACGUUAAUUGAUUUAACUUUCAAACUCUAUAAAGUAACUCAAAUUCCCAAAAUUAGAGACCUCUUUUAUUAGUCAUCAAAAAGAUUCCACCAGUCUCAUCUUAAACGUUCAAUAGGCCAAUAUUUAAACUAACAUAAGAAAGAGAUUUGCAAACAAAAAACGGCAAAUUUGUUGCCACAAAUUAACAUACUCUGAAUAUAUUUAAAAUCAAAAAUAAUUAAAUUUGUCAAUUAAAUAAAAUCUAUACUCAAUAUAAAAAUGAAAAUAGUGGUAAAAAUUAAAGAGAAACUAAAAGAACAUAAAGCAACAUAUGAAAAACUGCAUUUAAUAGUUGUAUUAAUUCCUUAAAAAAAUGUUGAAGAAAAUUAAUAAAUACACUUAAUAUCUAUCAAAAUAUACACUUUCUAAAAUUAACUACAGACAAAACACAAAAAUAAUCAUAGUUUAUGUACAUAUGGAAAUUCUGCAAUAUUCUAUAAUUAAAUAACAAAACUAAUUGUAAAAUUUUAAAAGCAAUAAUCCGCGCGAAGCGCGGAAAACAAUCUAGUCAUAAUAAUUUUGGCAGAAUGCAAUGAUCUCUUUAAUCGUCAUUGUAUCAAAUUAUCAAGAAGAGUCGACUUUCGUUGUGUUCAACUCCAUUUUUAUAUCUCGAAGCUUCAUGCAUGAUUGUCUAUCUGCGUUUACUCCCCUCUCUCUACUCAACUUUCCUCCGCCGCGUUUACUCCCCGCUCCGGUGGCUGCCGUGUCCUUUUGCAGUCGCCGGAGCCCCCCCUGUUUCCUCCGCUUCUCAUCGUCAUCUCCGUGGUCUUUUCUCUGUGUCGGCGAAGGUGAAGCUCUGAGAUUCUCUCCUGGUUCAGAUCCGGGUUUAUGGAGUAGAUCUGUGUUGUUCCCGGUGAGGGUAGUGACGCUAGAGGACGGCGUUUGCUCCUUGCUGUGGCUACUUCCAGUUUUGCUCCGGCGACUUUGUCUAGGAGAUUUUUUUUUUAGAUCUCGUUAAGCUUUUCGGUUUGGCAGCGCGUGGUUCGUCGGGGAGGCCUCUUGGUCUCAGAUCUGGGUUGCUUGCAACUCUGGUGAUUCUCUCUGUCUUUGUCUCCUCCGGUGGUCUUCGGGGGAAGUGCGUGGAGUCCUUGAGUGGGUGAGUCUCUCUCCUGCUUUGAGGUUGCUCCGGUGGCAGCGCGUGGUGUUGCUUUGGCCAUCGUCUCGUUACUGGUGGUUUGCUCGCCUCAAAGUUAGAGGUCUCGUCGUUGUGGCGUCCACCGUCGCCAAGCUUCUCUCCUUGUGCUAAUUCCAGCGUGCUACUAGCUGAAGGCAGGGCUUCGAAGUAGGUUCCGAUGGAGGUAGGUUUUCAGUUAAGCUCUCGGUCUUCUCUCUAACUCGGUUGAGGCUGCUCCAGAGGUGGUGUGCUGUUCGGUCCGCUUGCUCUAUAUGGGCUCUCGGUUCAAUGGGUGUAUACGGUCCCGGUGAGGGCCUUGAAGGCGGCAAUCUUCGAGUCUUAAACCGUACGACGGCAUCGUCGGAUAGUCCCACUGCCUCGUGCCGCUGGUGUAUGUCAAUGUCAGGUUGGUUUGUGAGUUCGUGCUUGUGAUUCUUGGAGUGGUUCGCGAUUCGCUGGCUUGCCGGAAGCUGUAGGUACCCUGCUUCAAGGUUUGAGCCGCCUUUCUCUCGGACUCGUGGCAACUGGCUUGCUCCUGCGGUUCCCUCCAUUUUCCCUGGUCUGAGCUUUGCUUCGCUGGUCUCCGUCUCCAAACGUCUUUGUUUCUCGUCUCUGUUUAAGCUAGUGUUGUUGUGAUUGGCCUUGAUGUUUAGUUUAAUUUCAGUAAUUCUGCUUCUAGUUAAUCUAUUGUAAUAUCUGUCAAAAACUAAAACUUGGUAUAAUAAAUUUAACAUUUUACCAAAAAAAAAAAAAAUGAUUGUCUAUCAUGCGACAACGCAAAGAAGCCUUGGAAAGGUAUCAACUAUUCUGGAUUCGAGAUCUAUUAUCACAGAUAUAUCAGUCGACAGGAAUUUCUAUUUCUCAUUACAAACAACUGAGUUUGUAUGGGGUCGGUUGACAGACCUUGAAGAAUUAUUAGUUAAUUAGACCUCGACCGCUGGAUAUCUCAGGAUUAUAAAUAAAAAUAUCAAAUCUUCCAAACCCUUUCGCAAUUAGGCUGUUAAGAUAUAUUUUGUAUUAACCUUUACACCCAAAAAAAUAUUUUGCAUUAAAUACAAAACUGCCUAAAUUUCUAGUCUUUUUUUCUUGUUUUGACUAGAAAGUAGUAGAAAGUUAGAAACUAAUAAUCACGACACACAUAGACUAAAUAUGUCGUCAUCUCCGAUAAACAGCUUCUAAACCCAACACAAUUCUUUCACAAUAAUAAUUAAAAACAACAUUAUUACUGUUCAUGUCGACAUAGUCUAUUCAACAAUUACACAAGUUCCCAUCUUUAGGGCCAAUAUUUCUAACCUUUUCAAACUAAUUCAAUAUCCCGAGUAACCAACCUCUCUAAACAAAAAAAAAAAAUCUUAUAUAAAUAAGCAGUGUGAAUUGUUCAUUGUUACAAACCACACAAACGAAGACUAACAAAAAAGAAACUCUAACGUUCAUCAAAAGCCAAUGAUGUAUCGAGUCCAAAAAACCGUAGUUUCAGCUUUCAUUUUCUCUUUGUCUAUUCUACCGCUUCUAGUCUCAGCCACUGAUGAAGAAAACGAAUGUGGUGGCUCCAAUGGAGGAGGCUCCGCUACAGAGAAGGCAUCGAUUCUUAAGUACAAGAUCGGAGCAUUCUUCUCCAUCUUAGUAGCAGGAGUGUUAGGAGUCUGUUUACCUAUCUUCGGCCUCAAGUCAGAGAGCAACUUUUUCAUGUUCGUGAAGGCAUUUGCCGCAGGAGUAAUCUUAGCCACCGGUUUCGUCCACAUUCUUCCAGAUGCCACCGAGAGUCUCACGAGUCCAUGCCUCGGAGAAGAGUCACCAUGGGGUGAUUUUCCCAUGACGGAUUUAGUUGCCAUGGCUGCGGCGAUUUUGACCAUGUUGAUUGAGUCUUUUGCUUCAGGGUAUUUGAACAGGUCUCGUUCGGAGAAUGAGGCUAAGACGUUGCCGGUGAGUACCUGUGGAGAUAAGGAGGAGCAUUCACAUAUUGGCUCUGCUCAUACUCAUGCCUCGCAAGGACAUGCUCAUGGCUCUCUUCUCGUCCCCCAAGAUGAUAUGAGGAAAAAGAUUGUGACACAAAUACUUGAAUUGGGGAUUGUGGUUCACUCAGUGAUAAUAGGAAUAUCUCUGGGAGCAUCUCCGAGUGUAAGCACAAUAAAGCCUCUCUUGGUUGCAAUAACUUUCCAUCAACUGUUUGAAGGUUUUGGUCUUGGUGGUUGCAUCUCUGAGGCAAAGUUUGGGGUUAAGAAAAUAUGGAUUAUGGUGUUGUUCUUUGCACUCACGGCACCAGCAGGGAUUGGAAUCGGUAUUGGAGUUUCAGAGAUUUACAAUGAGAACAGCCCAAUGGCACUAAAAGUAUCAGGUUUUCUUAAUGCGGCAGCUGCUGGAAUCUUGAUUUACAUGGCGCUUGUUGAUUUGGUAGCUCCACUAUUCAUGGACCAUAAAGCUCAGAGUAGUAUGAAGAUACAAUUAGCUUGUAGCCUUUCUCUUAUUCUUGGUGCUGGUUUGAUGUCUCUUCUAGCUGUUUGGGCUUGAAAUGAUUUGGGCUUGCAUGUUUUAGUUUCUUUAGCAUUUUAGAGAAAAUCAGUUACAUUUUGCUACCAGAUUUGACUAAAAUGAUAUAUCAAUCAAUUUCUUAGAAGAUGUUAUCAGUUCUUGAUGGCAAUCUCUUGAAUAGUUAUGAGAAAUAGAAUAUAAAUCGAAAAGCCCUAAGCCUAUGAUGGCUCAUGACGUAGAAUGCAAGGAACAUGAGCAGCAGCUACAUGGGAGACAAAGCAUAUUACUCUACAACCUGCAAAAUAAGAAGCAAGAAUGAGAUUUGGAGUAAUGAGUCAAAUGAUGCAAACAACUUUGACUCUUCAUAAAAGCAUAAAAUCAAGUCAUCACAUUCUUGUCGAAACGAUCCGUUUUCAUGUUCUGGAUAUUCAUGGAAUAACCCUUCAAAAAGGAUAUGCCAUCAUCAGUUUUUUAUAUACCAAUUCUUUCACUUUCACAAUCAUCAUCACUCUACAGAUUUUAAUUAUUUUCAGUCAAAUAUAAAGUCUAGAUUCUUUUAAUUUUUUUACAAAUUAAAAAUUAAAUUAAAACUAUGAAUACGUUACAUACUUAUAGCACCCCCAUUAGUGAACUUAUGCGGGGUUCACACAGAUUUCAAAAAAAAAAAAUAUUAAAAUAAGGAAUAGUGAUGAACUUGUCUCUCUCCACCUCUUCCCAGUGAACCUGUUUCAUCACUGUAGCGCGGGCCCCACGGCAUGUGGCGGCCCGCGAUUGGUCCGAAAAAAUAAUUUUUUUUUUUUUUUAAACAAAAAUCAAACCAAAAAAAAAUAAUAAUAAAAGAAUACUUUGUGAACCCCUUUAAUGGGGUUCACUAAUGGGGGUGCUCUUAGAUGUGGGUAGUAGAGACAUACCUUCGAACCUGGGUGGGUUAAAAAAAUUCCUUGAGUGGCUUCAUUAUGAAGCACAAUAAUGAGAGACAUGAUCAGAAGCAGCAAAGCAUCAUCAAAAGGCAACGCUUAGUAAAAAGGAAAAUGGGGAUGGAUAUCCAUGGAAUAAGCCAUCAAAAGCAUCUCAUCUUUUCUCUCCAUCACCCAAAUGUCAAAAAGUCACCAUUUAUUAUAUUAAAACUUAUAUAGGUAUAUAUACUGAGCCUAUGAGUCCAUGAGUAACCAAGCAACCUUCUCUCAUAGCAAAAACAGAAGAAGUCACAAUGGAGGAGGAUGAGAGAGUUAACAAUAAGCAGAGCAGUAAUAGGGCAUCUUUCUAUAGGCACGCGACUAUGCAAUUUGCUCUUUUGUGUUCUGGGUAGCUUAUUGGCUUUGUCACUUGCGAAAGGAGAGUUGCCCUGUAACUGCUUCCGCUUAAACACAAUCUGCAAGCCUGUUCCGCUUAAUUCCAUUUCAACAUGGUCAAGAACUCAUAUUGAUGGAUGCACUGAGUAAGUUUUCACUUUCAACAUUUUCUUGUGCUUCUUGUUUCUCACCUGAUAACUUUCUCAUAAUCCUAUAAUUAGUAAGAAUUUUAAACAUAUAAUUCAUAUGUUACCAUGAUUUAUUGUACAGAUGGUUGGCAUCUCCAGCUACACAAUUGCGACUUCCAAUAACAUUUUAGUUGCAUUGCAUUUUUGAAUUAUCUUUCCAUUCAUCAACGAUCUAACAAUUACUCUCACAUAAUUAAUCAGGAUGGAUUAAGGUUGGUCACAGUUUAUCUUUGAAUGGUACCUACUGGUAUCAAUAUAGCUAAGCUUCUAAUAGUUAUUGUCUUCUAUUUUGUACUGGUUUUUCUGUUUGCAGUAUUUCUGCAUUUAUGUAAGACCAAUUUGGUCAUGAAUGUUACAAUGAUUCAGUGUUAAAAAAAAAUUAAUUAGUAAACGGUAAUUUUCAUUUUUUUUUAAAUCAGUCAUAAUUGUUUGGAGAGUGGAGACUCCAAAUGCCUGAAGUAAAUGAUCCAAAAAAAUGAAUAGGAGUGUCAAAAUGAGCUAACUCGCUCAAAUGAGCUCAAUUCAUAGUGAUAGUGAGCUCGCUAUUUCAUGAGCUAGCUCAGCUCAGCUCAGCUCGGCUCAUUUAUUAUAUGAGCUUCAAUAUGUAAAUCGAAUUUAGAUCAUCUAGAUCAUGAGUUAAAUGAGCUAAUUUGUGAUCUAAAUAAAAAUAAUAAUUAUAAAAUAAUUAUAAAAUAAAAUAAAUAGUGAUAAAAUAACUUCUAGAAUAUUGUUCAAAAUUUAAAUAUUAAAAAUCCAAAACAUAAAUAUUAAAUACUAAACAUAAAAAAUCCAAAACAUAAAUAUUACGAUAAGCAAAAGCGAAAGAGACGUAUGUCAAAUUUGGGAUCAACGAAGUUUGUGAGAGAGAUGAUAGGGUUAAUGUGGAUUUAUAUAGAAGAUUUUGAUAAUUCCUAAAUAGUAUAGUUUCUUUUUUCUUUCUUCGAAAAAGUUAUCGAUAACUUUUAAAAGUUUAAUUUCCAUAUUACUUAUAUGUAUGUUUUACGUUUAAUUUUAGAAGAUAAAUAUGAUUAAUAUAGAAAUUAUCUUUUAAAAAGAUUUGGUUUGACAUUUUAAUUUUAGAAAAUGAAUAUGGUAAAUAUAUAAAUUAUCUUUUUUACAUAAAAAAAUAGAAAUUAUCCAGAUAUAAUAUAUAUUAUAUAUAAUUGUAAGUACAAAAAAAUGAACAAGCUCAUGAAGAAGCUCAUGUUCAUAUAACUCAUGAUCUAAUUUAAGCUUGAUCAUUACACUUAUUUAUUAAAUGAGCUUAAAAUAUAAAAGCUUAAAAUAUAAAAAUCAUGCUCAUGGAAAAAAAAAAACGAGUCAGC